AUGCUAUUUGAUUCAUUGACAAAAGAAGAAUUUGCAGAAUUUCAAGGUGCCACAUUCAUAUUUUUGUAUACUUUUAUAGAUAUUUUUGAUGAUGCACAAUCAAUGUUUAAUAUUCAAGAAAUAUUUAAUUUAACUUUAAAUCUCCUUCAAAACCAUGAUAAUCAUAGCACGAAGUAUUGCUUAGAUUUCAUGACACGAGUAAUAAUGAAAUUUCAACUUGAUCUUGAUUUAAUUGAAAUUAACGAGAUUAUCCAGAAAUUUUAUGAUAGCAAUAUAGAAGAUAUUAUUGCCACUAAUAAUUUUUUAAUUCAGUAUAUUAGAAAGGUAAAUACUCCAGAUCAAAUUCAUCAAAUUUAUGAAAUUAUAAUUAAUAAUUUACUUUCAAUUAACGAUUGUUCAACAUUUGAAGUCCUUUUAGAAUUAUUUGCAAAUGAUGGAAAUAUGAUUCAGCAUUAUGUCGGAACCUCUCAUUUUUUGGAAUUUUUGAAGAAAUUCAAUUCUAUUAACAAUGAAUUCAAUAGUGUGCACGUUAAGAAUGCGAUAAAAUUCUUAUCAUUUGUAAUUUCUUCACAAAAUGACAUGGAAAAAGCCAAAAACAUUACUAAUUUGAUCAAUUUUAUGAAUUUAUGCGAAAUGUUCGAAACAACUGAUUCUAAUGAUUAUUUCAAAGAACUUGUUGAACUAUUCAUAUGCAUUCUUGAUACAGAUCCACAGAAUUUUAUGAAAUUAUUCAUUGAUAACAAUAUUGUUAUGAUAUCAAUAGACGAAUUUAUACAUGGCACGCACUCAAGAUCUGUAAUAAUUAUCAAACUAAUUGAAAAGUUAUUUGCUUAUUUUCCAGAUAUUAUGCUAGAUUUUCUUUUAUCUGACUCUUUUUUUCAGACAAACAAUCUUUUAUCAUUUCAUGAAGCAGAAAGUAUGGAUUUCUGCGUGUUUAUCUUUGAUGUCAUAAAUUUUGCAAAAGCAAAACCAGAUAAAUUGGAAUUCAUUGUACAGCAGUUAGAAGAAUCUGAAUUUCUUGAAGAUUUGAAUGAAUUAAUGGAAUCAAAUCCGGAAUACUUUGGAGAAAUUUGUCAAGCAAUUCUUAACACAUUAAAACUAGAAUAA